GUCCUUUUCAAAACACAGGUAACAUAUAGUGCAUUUUGGUAUCUGUGGGAAUCAUGAUCAACAAUCUAUUACAGGCGCUCGCCCGGUUUCUGGAUCGCCCACUUUUCCCAUGGAAGACGGUGCUGGUUGGCUUCUCCUUAGGCCAAUAUGUCUUUGAGAGCUUCCUCUCAUUAAGACAAUAUCGGGUUCUCCAACGCACCAAGCCUCCCAAAGUCCUAGAAGGUGAAAUCACAAACAAGGUCUUUGAGGAUAGUCAGACAUAUGGUCGCGCAAAAGCAAAAUUCGGUUUCUUCUCCGGUAUCUAUGGUCAGCUUCAGAACUUGGUUUUCAUCUACUACGACUUCUUGCCGAAAAUAUGGGCUUUGACUGGCGUGUGCCUUGUUCGUUACUUUCCGGCCUGGUCACAGGGUGAAAUUGGACAUACGCUACUCUUUUUCUUUGCUUUCAACAUUCUGACCACUAUUCUAUCGCUUCCAAUCUCGUACUACAGCACUUUUGUCCUUGAGGAAAAGUUCGGUUUCAACAAGCAAACGGUGGGGCUCUGGAUCACCGAUAUGUUGAAGGGUCAGGCUCUCGGUAUUGUUUUGGGUGGUCCUAUCAUGGCUGCCGUGCUCAAGAUCAUCCAAAAGACUGGUAACGAAUUCUUUUACUACCUGUGGAUCUUCAGCAUACUUGUUCAGGUCUUCGCCAUCACGAUUUACCCUAUUGUCAUCUUGCCCAUGUUCAACAAGCUCUCACCUUUGGAAGCUGGCCCCAUCAAAACUGGCGUUGAAGAGCUGGCUCAAAAGCUCAAGUUUCCCUUGCAUGACAUCUACUCCAUUGAUGGCAGUAAGCGAAGUGCCCAUAGCAAUGCCUAUUUCUUUGGAUUCCCCUGGAAGAAGCACAUUGUGAUAUACGAUACUCUCAUGGAGAAGAGUGAGCCUGAAGAGGUUGUAGCUGUCCUUAGCCACGAAUUGGGCCACUGGAAGCUUGGUCAUACCACUAAAUUGUUCACAAUCGCUCAGGCCCACAUGUUCUACAUCUUUGCGUUGUUUACCGCAUUUGUCAACAAUAAGUCCUUAUUCCAAUCAUUCGGUUUCCACAAUGAACAGCCUAUCAUGAUUGGCUUUUUGCUCUUCUCGGAUGCUUUGGCACCUAUGGACGCUGUUGUGAAGUUCUUGAUGAACAUUCUCAGCCGCAAGUUUGAGUUCGAAGCAGAUGCCUUUGCAGCCAAUCUCGGACAGUCGAAGCUUCUUGCACAAUCGCUCCUUAAGCUCCAAAUACAGAAUCUCAGCACCAUGGAUGCCGAUUGGAUGUAUGCUAGCUACCACUACUCGCACCCCAUUCUUACGGAGCGGUUGGCUGCUCUGGGAUGGAAGGGUAAGGGAUCGGAGAAGUCAGAGGACAGCGAGAAGCCUGUCAAGGCGGCGGAUAGGGAAUUGUAACUCUAGAGACUGGCAAUGCUUUUGUUUCUUCAAUUUAUGUCUUAGCCAUAUGAUUGUUCCAUUAUAAUGGAUUUAUCUGUAUUCUGAACCUGGAACAUACGUGAAUGAAUUUGAAAUCAAGAAAUUUGCUGUCC